AUGGGCGUGACUCCUCCCGGGAAAGCUAUAGCACCGCCCCCUGCGGCCCCUCCUUCGUGUAUCACAGCUUAGGUAUUGCGGUGUGCAGUUGCUGGCUUCUUCUUCUUCUAUUUGUGAUAUAGGGGCAAGACUCGGAGCGGCGCCAUGUCAAUCAAGGUUGGAGAUGCUCUUCCAGAUGUGCAGGUGUACAAUGGUGGUCCAGGGAACAAGACCAGUAUAAAGGAGGUGUUUGGUAACAAGAAGGGGGUACUGUUUGGUGUUCCAGGAGCUUUUACUCCAGGCUGUUCCAAGACACACUUGCCGGGGUACGUAAAUCAGGCGGAGGAUCUGAAAUCCCAUGGGGUGGAAAUUGUUGCUUGUAUCUCAGUCAAUGAUCCCUUCGUUGUGACCGAGUGGGGAAAAGUGCACGGCGCAGAAGGGAAGGUUUCCAUGUUAGCUGAUCCAACAGGAGCCUUUGCCAAGGCUGCUGGACUACUUCUGGACAAAAAGGAGCUGGAAGAGCUGUUUGGAAGUACGCGCUGUAAGAGGUUCUCUCUUAUAGUUGAAAAUGGAAAAGUGAAAGCUGUUAAUAUAGAAGAAGAUGGAACAGGACUAACAUGCAGUCUGGCUGGAAACAUAGUGUCUCAGCUGUGAGAUAGAUCAAAUCUUAAACAGGAUUAGGUUUCGCUGUUUGAACAUAUAUAGCAUAAUAAAAAUAUCCUGAUCAGUUAUGUCCGUUACUACAAUACCUAAUAAAGAUUACAUUAAGUAUA